CUGGAGCUUCAGCUGCUCGCAAAGCCGGUUUGCCAUCACAAACGCCUCUGGGCGGGGAAUGCGAGAAGGAAACGUCGCGGCCGCAGCGAGGAGAGCCGGAAGCCCGCGUGUCCCACGGCUGGACCUCUGGACUUGGCCGGUGGCAAAGGAAUAAAACCUCGCCGCAACAUUUCCCCGGGUGUGCAGUAACCGUGGGGGGGAGCAAAGAAUGGCUGCCGAUGCGCCCCCCAUCCUUUCGGCCCAGCUGGUGGAAGAACCGAGACUGCUGAAGCUGAAGAAGAUGUUCAUCUCUAAAUUUAAAUCAACACCUAAAUUUUAUGUUCGAGCACCAGGGCGAGUCAACUUAAUAGGUGAACAUAUAGAUUACUGUGGAUAUCCUGUGCUCCCAAUGGCCAUAGAUCAAGACAUACUUAUAGCAGCUGAACCUCUAAGCAGUCCAGUUAUCCAUUUGGCUAAUACAAAUCCCUUGUACUUGGAUUUCAAUACAGAUGCCAAUAACAUUCAAAUAAAGCAAACAAAACCUUUAUGGCACAACUAUUUUCUAUGUGGAUUCAAAGGAAUACAGGAUCAUUUCAGUCUGGAGAACCCAAGUGGAAUUAACUGCCUCGUAGAAGGCACAAUUCCUCCAAGUUCUGGCUUGUCGAGCUCCAGUGCUUUGGUCUGUUGUGCGGGACUUGUGACUCUUACGGCGAAUGGAAAGACUCUUUCAAAGGUGGAAUUGGCUGACCUAUGCAGCAAGAGCGAACGUUACAUUGGCACUGAAGGAGGUGGCAUGGACCAAUCCAUCUGUUUUCUUGCAGAAAAAGGAACUGCAAAGCUGCUAGAAUUUAAUCCUCUAAAGGCAACUGAUGUGAAGCUUCCAGGAGGAGCGAUUUUUGUGAUUGCAAACAGUUGCGUUGAAAUGAACAAGGCCGCGACUUCUCAUUUCAAUAUUAGGGUGAUGGAGUGUCGUCUGGCUACAAAGCUUUUAGCAAAAUCCAGAGGCCUAGACUGGAGAGCAGUGGCAAAGCUCCAGGAUGUGCAAGUCAAGCUGAAGCUAAGCUUAGAGGAAAUGCUGGCUGUAGUUGAAGAGGAGUUUCACCCCAAGCCUUACAGCAUAGAGGAAAUUGGGGAAAACCUGGGAAUUAGCCCCACAGAGCUACGCACUCAGAUCCUUAGCCAGAACACACAAGAUGUAACUACCUUUAAGUUAUACCAGCGUGCUAAGCAUGUGUACACCGAAGCUGCCAGAGUUCUGGAGUUUAAGAAAAUCUGCAUGGAGGCACCUGACGAUGCGAUCUCACUGCUGGGGGAUUUAAUGAAUCAGAGCCAUGCCAGCUGCAAAGACUUGUACGAAUGCAGCUGCCCUGAACUAAAUCAGCUGGUGGACAUCUGUCUGCAGUUUGGAGCAAUUGGGUCACGCCUGACUGGGGCAGGAUGGGGUGGCUGCACUGUGUCAUUGGUUCCUGUGGACAGACUGGAGAGAUUCCUAGCAAAUGUGAAGGAGGCUUACUACAAAAAUUAUGGCCAAAGGUUAGCCCAGGAAGAAAACAGCCUGUUUGCUACCAACCCUGGCGGAGGAGCUGUGAUUUUCCUUGAAGCCUAAAGGACGCCAAAUUUUAAGGAGGAAUAAUUUGGGGCAAACUGGGAGGACUUUGUAUGCCACAGUAAACAAUUCACUUUGCUGUUUUUUAUUAUAUUAUAAUGAGCAAUAGCAAUAGCUAUUAUUAGGAUGGAUUUCCAAACUUUUUUUUCCAAAAGCUCUAUUAAUCUUUCUAAUGUAUUCUUCUUCCUUAAAAUAUGCUUCCAACAAAGAUCAUCCAAAAUGUUGAUUUCUGUCUGGACUUUACAACAUAAAACACAAUUUGCCAAAAUGUAUUCAUUAAAAAUAUUGAAAUGAACCAGAUUGGAAUUAAAGAGAGAAAAACC